ACUUGGAAGAGAACGAGAUUAAAAGAUGUGAUUACUGCUCUGAUUACAGUAAACAAACAUGCGUAAAGCGAGAGUGAAUACAAGCGGAAAUGGGGUGCAGCCUGAAUUUAAGCACUCGUCAUUGCCUUUAGAUCCGGUUUCUUUGCGAUCAGCUAUAUUUGAUUUUAUUGCGGAAUUUAACGGAAACCGGUCGCUGAUCGCCACUGCCGUUUGACUGUGGAUAGCGGAAAAGAGGGAGGAGAAGCCCCGUCAGGUUUACGUUACCGCGAUGUGUCUCAGCCACGGAGGGACGGACAGACACUCGUGGGACGUUCCUCGCCGUCGACUGCAAGGUGCCAGUGACCACAUGCUAAGCUCCGCCUCCUAUCAUGGACGCCAAGAAGCCGAGCAUGCUGCAGCACCUCCGCCGCAAGAUGCUGCCCGGCCUGUGGCGAGACAAGACCGGCGCCCGCCAGGGGGCCGUCGCCCACCUGCAGUCCAACGCCGACCACGCCCGCCUCAGCCUCUCCGUCCCCGACGUGAGAGACGUGAAGACGCAGGACAUCUCCCGCACAUCCUGCGGCGCUUACCUCCACAAGAGCCCCGCCCCCGCCAGCUACAGCAGCCCUUCCACGCCACUGGUCCAUCAUGUCCGAGGAGGCGGAGCUCCGGGGAGUGAAAACAGACUGAGCGUGCCUACAGACUACACAGACUGGUCGUCCUCUCAGGAGUCCUUCAGCAGCGUGCACAUGGAGGACUACUCUCCAGAGUGGAGGAACCGAUCGGCGCGAGGCAUCGAGCCUGAGGAGCUCGCCCUGCCCGAAAUGAUGACCGUGUACAGCCCUGACCCCGCCUUCAACGGCUCUCAGUGUGACAUGGAAUCUCCGAGCAUCACCGAGGGCAGCAGGGAGUCUCUCCGGUCUUUUCUGCUCACGAUCAACUUGAAAGAAGGACGCAACCUAGUCAUCAGGGACCGUUGUGGCACCAGUGACCCAUAUGUGAAGUUCAAACUGGAGGGUAAAACCAUCUACAAGAGCAAAGUGGUCUUCAAGAACCUGAACCCCACAUGGAGCGAGAACUUCUCCAUCCCCGUGAGGAACCUCAGCCAGAGACUCUACAUCAAAGUGUACGACCGCGACCUGACGACCGACGACUUUAUGGGCUCAGCUAGUGUCCUCCUGAGUGACCUUCACAUGGACACGGUCAACGAGCUGUCCCUGCCGUUGGACGACCCCAACAGCCUGGAGGAGGACAUGGGCGUGGUUCUGGUGGACAUGAGCCUGACGCAGAGAGACGCCGACAGCAGACGAGGACCACGCUGGCCUCAAAUCCGAAAACGCAGUAGUCGGUCGGGUUCUUCUCACCAGAGUUCCCGUCUUUGCGAGUCGCUGAGGAAGAGUCAGCUGUGGAGCUCGGUGGUGACGGUGACCCUGGUGGAGGGUCAGGACAUGCCGCUGGACACGCAAGGCGGGCAGCUGUUUGUCCGCUUCCGGCUGGGAGAGCAACGAUUCAGAAGCAAGAACCUCUGCGCCGUGUCCAAGCCUCAGUGGCGAGAGAGGUUCACCUUUAACCAGUUCCCGGAGAGUCCCAGCAUCUUGGAGGCGGAGCUCUGGUCUAAAGAAGGACGACGGUCUGAGGAGUGUUUGGGAAUGUGUGAGGUGGACCUAACCGGCAUUCCCUUCGACCAAAGGCAACUCUUCACGCUUUCGUUGGACCAGUGCAGAGGACGUCUGGUCUUCCUGGUCACGCUCAGAACAAGCAAUGGCGUCUCCAUCUUGGACCUCUGCGCGGCACCCCUCGAUGAACCCCGCGAGCGGCAGAACCAGCUGGACAACUACAGUCUUCAAAGCUCCCUGAAGAACAUGGCCGAUGUCGGUUUCCUUCAAGUCAAAGUCAUCAAGGCGUCCGAUCUCCUGGCGGCUGAUUUAAACGGCAAGAGCGACCCCUUCUGUGUGUUGGAGCUGUGCAACGACCGCCUGCAGACUCAUACCGUCUACAAGAGCCUCCAUCCCGAGUGGAAUAAAGUCUUCACCUUUCCCGUACGAGACAUCCACGAAGUGCUGCUGGUGACCAUCUUUGACGAGGACGGAGACAAAGCGCCAGACUUCCUGGGAAAAGUUGCCGUUCCGCUGCUCUCGAUCCGCAGGGGGCAGCAGAUCACCUUGCCGCUGAAGAAAGAGGACCUGGGCAGCCUGACCAAGGGAAUGAUCACGCUGGAGCUGGAGGUCAUUUUUAAUCCCGUCCGAGCCAGCAUAAGAACCUUCCAGCCUCGAGAGAGGAAAUUUAUGGAGGACAAUCCCAAAUUUUCUAAAAAGGCUCUGGCCAGGAACGUGCUACGUGUGCAGGCGCUCUACCGCGCCAUCAGGUCCACCCUGCAGUACGUGAAAAGUUGCUUCCAGUGGGAGAGCGUGCAGAGGAGCCUGCUGGCCUUCCUGGUGUUCCUGGUGACUGUCUGGCAUUGGGAGUUCUACAUGCUGCCCUUCAUCCUGAUCCUGCUCAUCUCAUGGAACUACUUCCAGAUCUGCUCCGGGCGGGCCAGUCAGGACCUGGCCAAUAUGGACGUCGGCGAUGAAGAUGAGGACGAUGAGAAGGAGUCGGAGCGUCGAGGCCUGAUGGAGAAAAUCCACAUGGUCCAGGACAUCGUCAUCAGCCUGCAGGUCUUUCUCGAUGAGGUGGCCUGCUUUGGGGAGAGGAUUAAAAACACGUUCAACUGGUCCGAGCCCUUCCUGUCCACUCUGGCCUUGCUGCUCUUCGUCACGGCAACCGUCCUCACCUAUUUCAUCCCAGUACGCUACAUCAUCUUAAUAUGGGGCAUCAACAAAUUCACCAAGAGAUUACGCAACCCGUACUCCAUCGACAACAACGAGGUCCUAGAUUUCCUGAGCAGGGUUCCGUCCGACGUGCAGAAGGUUCAGUACGGCGAGACGAGAGGCGUCAGGAGGAAGAGGACGACGUAGACAACAAAGACGCUCGCUGUUUCAACCUAAGACUGAGGCCCCGCCCACUUUUUUACCUCUGAAUUCCAGGUGACUUCGGAACUUCUUUUUAGGUAUUCUAAUGAGGACUCAUGGUACUGACUUGACUACUUGGCUUUAUCUUUUACUCAGUGGCCAUAUAUACAGUAUACAUAGUACAUAUACAGUAUACUCUAUAUACAUAGUUAUGCAUAUACACCAUGUAUGCUGAGUGGCCAUAUAUACAGUACAUACAGAUAUAUAUAUAGAUAUGUAUAUACAGUACAUACAAUAUACUAUAUAUACAUAGAUAUGUAUAUAGAGUAUGUAUGCUGUACAUGUACAUAUUAUUUAUUAUUGCCUGGCAUCCUAACAGCAAUAAAUUCAUACAAUGCACACAAAUAUUUUCAUGUCUAAGUGAAUUGUUAGCAUGCUGGGUGUCGAGUGGGUCCCCCCCCCCCGCCCCCGCCUCAUUAGGCUUUCAUGCUCUGGCCCUCCCCCCCCCCACGUCCUUGGCCCUUGGGCGUCGCCAUUAGCAACGGGACCCCAGCAACCUCCUCACAGCUGCUCUGGCGCCUGCAGCCCCCACAGACACAACAUUAGGUACACCUGCCCCGCCCUCAUUUCACAUACGUCCUGCUUGUACCAAGUCCCGAGUGUUUGGGCCGUCUUUUACGCCACGUUCAUGGCUGCGUGCACGCCGCUUCCUCCUCGCCGUCGCUCACCUUUCACAAAGUCGUGGUGUCGUCACGGAGAUGGCGGCGGCAGGCGGCGACCCGUGCGCCUCCGCGUCUCGUUAGCUCGUCGACUCAGGUGUUCAAUAUUAAUGGGCCGUCGUCAAGGGCACGCCAAGGACGUCUCAAUCUGACACGUAUAGGCCCGGCAUGAAUAUGUAUAGGCUGCCAAUUAGCAAGUCAGAUGACAAGCUCGCACGCCGCAAACAUGGCCGCCGUGGUCUCAGAGGACUUGUUAGAACUCCUCUUGAGUGCUGCUGCUACUUUUCAAUAUAUUUAUUAGGACUUUGAUAUUAGUAGUAUCAAUGAACUCAUUAAUAUGUGGACUAGAUGGAGGAGGAAUGAAGAUGACCGGAUGCCCAAUGACUUUCAAUUGUCCUUUAAAAAGACAGGAUCUUCACUUUAUUUGUCCUCAGAAUUCACAAACUGAAGCUUAGAGGCCAAAGGUGCGGAAAUGACACAGAAAAGACAAACAGCAAUGAUGAUAUGACAAGAAAUAAAUGUCAUUUUACAAGAAAAUCAGAUUUCACUCGGAUGACGCUUUCAUUGUACAAAACAUGAAUAAAACUGGGGCGGCACGGCGGUCGAGUGGUUAAACCUCACAGCUAGCAGGACCAGGGUUCGAUUCCACCCUCGGCCAUCUCUGUGUGGAGUUUGUAUGUUCUCCCCGUGCUCUCCGGGUACUCCGGUUUCCCCCCCACAUUCCAAAAAACAUGCUAGGUUAAUUAGCGACUCCAAAUUGUCCAUAGGUAUGAAUGUGAGUGUGAAUGGUUGUUUGUCUAUAUGUGCCUUGUGAUUGGCUGGCGACCAGUCCAGGGUGUACCCGCCUCUCGCCCGAAGACAGCUGGGAUAAGCUCCAGCCCCCCCCCGCGACCCUCGUGAGGAAAAAGCGGUAGAAAAUGAAUGAAUGCAUAAAACUGCAGUAAUACUACCCCUAAAUACUGCAGUCAAAGUUAGCAUUUUAAGAGAGUAGACGUGAUGCAAUUUUACAGGAAUAAAGCGGCAUUAUUUUACUGUUCAUGAUCGAUAAAUUCAUCAUAUUAAGAGGAAGUUGUAGCAUGCAUCCAUUUUCGAUGCUGCAUGCUGGAGCCUAUCCCAUGACAAUGAAAAAUCCGAUUUGACAUUUUUAUUUUGCCAACGUUGGUAAUAAUACAGAAAAGUCAACAUCUGAAGAGAACAAUGUCAUAAUAAUGUUUAACAUGAAUCAUAAAGUGGUCAUAUUAAUGAUUAUUUAUUCAACGUUGUAACAUUGUCACAACAUUUUUUUCGAUGCGUGAAUAAAGUCGUCUUUUUCCCAGAAAGAGUGAAGGAAUGUAAGAUUUUCAUGAUUCAAAGUGAAAUUCCACGAGGAGGAAAGUCCGAGCCUGAAAAGGAAAUGCUUGUCAUAAUCAAAAGAACGAGAUUUUGAGGUACAAUAUUUGGGCGUACUUCCACUAAGUAUAAUUCUGAUGUUACCAAAGUACUUGUACGUGCAGAACUUCUACUUCUACUACUGGCACUAAUGAACGAGACUUGGACUUGGGGUCCUGGCUU